AUGGACGGACCUCGUACUCCCACUCGAGCUCCUCCAAGUUGUGCUGACGGCCCUCCCUCUUAUGUCCAUACUCCCGGCGAAGAAGACAAUAUGAGUGUUCCCGGGCACAACUCGUCGCUCAGGCUGCUCCCCCAGGACGAGUACCGAUCGUACGUGACAACUCCCACUACACCUACGCAAUCCAAUGACCUCCCUUCACCCAAAUUCAAGCCAGUUUUUAGCCCAAUGGCGUCGCAUGCAACUUGGGACGACUCCCCCAUAGAGUCUGCCGAACGAGGCACCAGACCACAAACUCCUGGGUGUUCUCUGAUCGCUGAGGCGGAAGAAAAGCUCCAGCGCGGUCGAGAAAAUUUGGCCUUCAUUGGCCGGGUUCCUACUCUCAAAGCUCCUGUAACCUUGAAAAAGACUCCCCCGACUGACCGAAGUCCUCCUUACAGACCCUCUCCAACAAGUCGAGUAUCCCCCGAACGAUACCAGAGACCCGCAGCUUCGACCGCCUACAGCUCUCGUCCUAGCUCAAGUCUAGGCCGAGCACCUUCAAUACCUCUCCCCACCGCGAACCCUCGGUCUCCCAUCCGACCAUCCACUCCUUCUCGCGUCUCCACAGAUUGGGGCAGACCGGCGGCCUCUAGCGUGGCAUACGAACCCGCCGACCUCAAUGGCAGUCCCCGUCCAGGCACCCCAUCUUCACAAUAUGGCGGAAGCCCAAGGAGACCUCUACCCCCUGCGCCACUCUUUUCUACCAAGGGUCCCUCGGAAACCACAAUUCCCAUACCAGGGCCAGAGUCAGAGAACGAUGUCUUCGCCAAGGGUAGCCCCAUAAUCCCAGACAGUGACCCCCGGGCAAGUUUGAAAUCUACACAUUCAUACAUGACGGACUCCACUUUCACAGAAGAGGAUGACAUUCCGAAUGAGAAGUUUGAUCACUAUGGACCGGCACCAGAAGGGAGGCAAGACCGACGAGGAUUGAGAGAAGCACAAAUGACCAAGAAAGAGGUCAGACUGAUCAAUGGAGAGCUGAUUCUCGAAUGCAAAAUUCCUACGAUCCUGUACAGUUUCUUGCCUCGAAGAGAUGAGCGCGAGUUCACACAUAUGCGAUACACUGCCGUCACUUGCGAUCCGGAUGACUUCGUGGUCAAAGGGUACAAGCUGCGCCAAAACAUUGGACCGACCAUACGUGAAACCGAGCUCCUCAUCUGCGUUACCAUGUACAAUGAGGGAGAGAUCGAAUUUACGAGGACAAUGCACGGCAUCAUGCGAAACAUCGCGCACUUUUGCUCCCGGACCAAAUCCCGAACAUGGGGGAAAGACGGGUGGCAGAAAAUCGUUGUCUGUGUCAUUGCAGAUGGAAGACAGAAGGUUCAUCCACGAACACUAAAUGCGUUGGCGGCGAUGGGGGUUUAUCAAGACGGCAUAGCCAAGAACGUUGUCAACCAGAAAGAAGUCACUGCCCAUGUGUACGAAUACACGACUCAAGUGUCCUUGGACGAGACUCUGAAAUUCAAAGGUGCGGAGAAAGGGAUUGUCCCCUGUCAAAUGAUCUUUUGCUUGAAGGAGAAGAACAAGAAGAAACUCAACUCUCAUCGGUGGUUUUUCAACGCUUUUGGACGGGCGUUGAUACCAAACGUGUGCAUCCUUCUUGACGUUGGUACCAAACCCGAUUCCAAAGCUUUAUAUCAUCUCUGGAAAGCAUUCGAUCAAGACUCAAAUGUGGCCGGCGCCGCCGGAGAGAUCAAGGCCGAUAAAGGUAAAGGAUGGAUUGGCCUGCUCAACCCGCUCGUUGCUUCACAAAACUUCGAGUACAAGAUGAGUAACAUUCUCGACAAGCCACUCGAGUCAGUCUUUGGCUACAUCACGGUCUUACCGGGUGCGCUCUCAGCAUAUCGAUACUAUGCUCUCCAGAAUGAUCCGAGUGGUCAUGGUCCGCUCAGCCAAUACUUCAAGGGAGAAACGCUGCACGGUCGUGAUGCCGAUGUUUUCACUGCAAACAUGUAUCUUGCAGAAGAUCGAAUCCUUUGUUGGGAGCUUGUCGCUAAGCGUGGUGAGCAAUGGGUGUUGAAGUUUGUCAAGAGUGCCUAUGGCGAAACGGAUGUGCCAGAUGCUGUCCCAGAGUUCGUUUCUCAGCGGCGACGUUGGCUCAAUGGGGCCUUCUUUGCAGCAGUCUACUCCCUGGUCCAUUUCCGACAAAUAUGGCAGACUGACCACACCCUGACUCGAAAAAUUUUAUUGCAUAUCGAAUUCGUCUAUCAAUUCAUAUCCCUCCUCUUCACCUAUUUCUCUCUCGCAAACUUCUAUCUUACCUUUUACUUUAUUUGCGGUUCAUUGGCGGAUCCUCAAAUCGAUCCAUUCGGCCACAACAUUGGCAAAUAUAUUUUCACCGUCCUGCGCUAUAUUUGCGUGCUCUUGAUCUGUCUUCAGUUCAUUUUGAGCUUGGGCAAUCGACCACAGGGCGCCAAAAAAUUCUUUAUGGGAACCAUGGUCACUUAUUCCGUCAUUAUGGCGUACACGACAUUUGCAUCCUUGUAUAUCGUCAUUAAGCAGCUCACGGCUCAUGCCAUUGAGGAAACCGACCCAGAUAAUCCCUACAAGCUGGGGAACAACAUUUUCACCAACCUCAUUGUUAGUACGGUUAGCACCAUAGGAUUGUACUUCCUCAUGUCAUUCCUUUAUCUGGACCCGUGGCACAUGUUCACCAGUUCAGCACAAUAUUUUGCCCUCCUGCCGUCAUACAUCUGUACAUUGCAGGUGUAUGCAUUCUGCAACACUCACGACGUUACAUGGGGUACGAAGGGUGACAACGUUCUCCAUACCGAUCUCGGUGCCGCUAAGGCCAUUGGAUCUGGAAAUACCGUCGAGGUCGAGAUGCCUUCCGAACAACUUGACAUUGACUCUGGAUAUGAUGUCGCCUUACGAAAUUUGCGAGACCGUGUUGAAGUCCCCAAACCAGCGGUCAGCGAAAGUCAGCUUCAGGAAGACUAUUACAAGUCGGUUCGAACAUACAUGGUGUCGAUCUGGAUGAUUUGUAACGCCAUCCUCGCCAUGGCUGUCUCCGAAGCAUAUCCCGUGGGGAGCCACAUUAAGGACAACUUCUAUCUGACAUUCAUUCUCUGGUCUGUGGCAGCGGUUGCCUUGUUCCGCGCGAUAGGUUCUUCUGCUUUCGGAAUUAUCAAUAUUGUUUCUGCAAUUGCAGAAGGCCGACUGCAAGCCAAGUUCGAAAGAAUAUUUGGCGGAGGAGACGAGCAUGGACGCCAUCGGGCUGGCCUGGGAAGUGGGAUCAGCGAGUCCGGCAAGACUGGAGUCUCGGGUGGCUCUAGCGGCAGUGGGAUGAGCUUGAGUGAUGUGACGAGCAAGAUUAGUGAAAAAUUCAGCUGGAUCAGUGGGAGGUAG